CGUACAUAUCAAGCAAUACCGAGAUUAGGGACGCAUCAUCACUGACUUUAUGCACUUUAAGCAGCGGCUUGUUGACUUCUACGUAAACGUCCAGCCCUCGGCCUCCCCAUGCCUCCAUCUCCUCUUGACGACAGAAUUGUGGUGGCGCUGCCAAGGCCGAUCCGACCUCAGGAACUCCAACUGCGCCUGGACACCAGCUACCUGGACUCCAUAUCCACCACCAGCAGCAGCAACAAGACAGUCAUCAGCACCACUGUGGUGAAGAUCCGGGCGACGGCCAAUCUUGUAACGUAUAUGCCCUCAUCCAAGGGCUCCACGCGCUCGUUGUCGUGUGGAUGCAGCAGUGCCAGCUGCUGCUCAGUGACUACCUAUGAGAAGGACAGCCAGAGCCUCAACCACAGCCAGGUGAGCGCCAGCAGCCCCAACCUCAGCUAUGCCGGCCCCCCCACCGCGAUGGUCAGCAACCAUGAAGCAUUAAGCGCCCCCAGUCUCACCCCGGGUACCCCGAAGGCCCUGUCAGCCGUGAGGGUCAUCCAUCCCAAUGAGCUGGCCAGACGGAUGACCUGCUGCCCCAUGGGACACCCCAUGGGGCCCGUACCGGUCAUCAUCGACUGCCGGCCCUUCAUGGAGUACAACAAGAGCCACAUCCGGGGGGCCGUGCACAUCAACUGCUCUGACAAGAUCAGCCGGCGGCGGCUGCAGCAGGGCAAGAUCACUGUGCUGGACCUCAUCUCCUGCCGCGAGGGCAAGGACUCUUAUAAGGGCAUCUUCUCCAAAGAGAUUGUGGUUUAUGAUGAGAGCACCAUGGACCCCAACCGCCUGACAUUCUCCCAGCCACUGCAUGUGGUGCUGGAGUCACUGAGGAGGGAGGGCAAGGACCCUAUCAUUCUCAAAGGAGGCCUUAGCUGUUUCAGGCAGAGCCACGAGAACCUGUGCGAGCACUCGCUGCACCUUAACGAGGGCAUGGACACUGGUGCUGCUGCUGGCCUGACGGGGUCGCUACCUCACUCCCUGCCCUCUACCCCGGACAUAGAGAACGCAGAGCUGACACCAAUCCUGCCCUUCCUAUAUCUGGGGAACGAGCACGACGCUCAGGACAUCCACCUGCUGCAGCGCUACAACAUCGGCUACAUCCUAAACGUGACCACCCACCUGCCGCUCUUCCACUACGACACGGGCCUCUUCAUCUACAAGCGCCUGCCCGCCACAGACAGCAACAAGCAGAACCUGCGCCAGUAUUUCGAGGAGGCGUUUGAAUUCAUCGAGGAAGCACAUCAAGCAGGUAUGGGCCUUUUAAUCCACUGCCAGGCAGGCGUGUCUCGUUCAGCCACCAUCGUGAUCGCCUACCUGAUGAAGCACACCUGGAUGACCAUGACAGACGCCUACAAGUUUGUCAAAACCAGGAGGCCCAUCAUCUCCCCGAACCUCAACUUCAUGGGCCAGCUGUUGGAGUUCGAGGAGGACCUCAACAACGGAAUAACGCCACGAAUUCUUACACCAAAGCUGAUUGGUGUGGAAACCGUUGUCUAAACGAACCCACACGACUCAACGCUCACACUUGUACUCACUCUCACUGCUUUUUCAAGAGACUUGCUCUAUGAGCCGGUUUGGAGUGUGACAGCCGCUGUAUUCUUCUUAAAUCUCCUAAUGCUCAUCUCAGUCUCUGGAAUGCCAAAGCUCUGGGUCAGUGGUGGUGAGAAAUGCCAAAAAUCCCUACUGUUUGGACCUGGCCAAAGUCCCGAAGGAGAAGACGAGUUCGAGAGAUAGAGAUAGGGAGGGGAAGUGGUCAGUGGGAAGCUUUCCAUUUGCGAUUGCAGAGGAGCAAACAAAGGAAAAGAAAAUCGGUUUGGAAAAGAUAUUCUCUGUGCUUAGGGGCAAUUACUGACAAGAGAACUUCUUAAAGCUCACACUGUGGCACACACUUUCUGUUUGCAAACUCAGGCAUAGUCGGCUAUGGCAGUGCCUGUCAAAAAAAUAAAUAAAGAUGAAGACUUG